CUCCCCGAAAGUUCUUGUCGAUCGCUUCUCAACAAGAUGAGAACACUAUGCAACUCUUUGCUAUAUAUACAUCUUCUAAGAUGUAUGAUUGUACGUGUACUGUUUAGCUGGUCGAUUUAACAAAUCAGCUUAGAUAUAUACAAACAGGUAGCUAGCAUAGAGAUUUCUGUAAGAAAGAGCACGCUGAGUGUGUGUGAGAUAGUGAGAGAGAGAGAGAGAGAGAGAUACAAAUGGCAAACGUAUUUGGCACCCCCAUAAGUUCCAUGACGGACUCGACCAUAAGAGCAAUAUCAGGGUGUGCCGACCUGGAAAUAACGGCGGUUUACAGGGCGCAUGCGGCGAUUUACUCGAAAGCCGCCGAUAUGAAGGAUAAGAACGCCCGGACUUACGUUAAGAAUCUGAAGAGGCAGUGGGGGAAUGGCGUAUCCACACUUUGCCUUGUUUACAAUGCUACAGGGAACACGAUCAGUUAUGUUGGUGAUCAUGAUUUCCAUGGGCACAUCGGACCAGCCCCAUACCCAGCAAAAAUCGAAAACGGCCAGUGGGGUGCUUUUUUGCACGUCAAAACCUCCGGCGCGGCAGCCGGAUCUGAGGCAGCUGUUGUGUAUCGAGGCAGCAACGGGAAAGGCACCAUCUGUGACUUCAUGAUGGCCUGGUGUAAUCCAUGGCGUAGACAAGCUUUUGAUAACUCGGUCUGGGUCAAGACCAGGGAAGUGGACCACUUCGCUAGGUACACUGCAGCGAAAUGGAACUCGCUAUAUGAAAAGUUAGACGUGACUCGCUACCAUCACAGCGACUCAUGGGAAGGAUGUUUGUCAAUUAUAUCGACCGGCAGCGACACUUCCCCUGUGUUGGAAGCCAUGUUCACUUUAGAAGGUGCAAAUGCCUGAUUCAUUAAUCCUGAUCGUGUUUUACGUACCAAGCAAGCGCGCAAGCUAGUUAUGGAUGGACUAGCGAACCCGAAUAAUGAAAAAGAACCUAUUCCAGCUCCAUCUUCUUCCCCCACUUCGAUUUCUUUAUCAUUGUUCUGACCGUGUUGGGGUGAAGGCCGGCUAGUCCAUGGUGGCUGUUGAGUGUUGAUUGACCUAGCUUGUUGAUGGUGAAGUCAGUAUACUACCUACCUCAUGUAUGUACAUCAGUGUACACGUCUUACAAGUCAAAAGAAUAAUAUCCUUCAGCUGUGUUUUUUAA